AUGAAAGGUCUCCCAACUGAGAGUCCCAAUCGAAGCAGAAGGAAGAUUGUUUUUGGCUUGGCCACCACAUUUUCAAUUCUUGCAAUUGUCCUUUUUUCAAGCAACUUGUUUGGCCAUCUCUCAAUUGCGCUCUCGUCAGUUGCAAAAGACAAAGCCGGGAUAUGCCCCGUUUCUCCCCGAAUCGCGCCAACUUCAUUUUACAAGAACAAUGCCACUGUGUUGACGAUUUUGAACAGCAAAGAGUACAAGGAAAAGUCCAUCCAAAAAUUAGCAGGCGCAAUUCAGAUUGACACCCAAAUCUUUGACGACCAGCCCGACGUUGACGAAGACCCCAAGAUUUGGGCAAACUUUGCAAAGUUCCACAAGUACUUGCAGGAGACCUUUCCAUUGGUUUAUGAACAGAUCGACGUGCAAACGGUAAACACAUACGGCUUGAUCUACACUUGGAAAGGCUCGGACUCCAAAUUGAAGCCUGUGUUGUUGGCUGCUCACCAAGACGUUGUUCCCGUGCAAAAGGAAACGUUGGACAAGUGGACAUACCCACCUUUUUCAGGCCACUACGAUGGCAAGUACAUCUACGGACGCGGUGCCGCCGACUGUAAGAAUGUCUUGAUUGCGAUUUUGGAGACGUUGGAACUAUUGGUUAUCCAAGGUUACAAGCCGCAAAGAACCAUUAUCGCCGCCUUUGGCUUUGACGAAGAAGCUUCUGGCCACCAUGGCGCCGCGCAAAUCGCAAAGGCGUUGGAGAAAACGUGGGGUCACGACUCACUUUACGCCAUCGUCGAUGAAGGAAUGGGAUUGAACAUCGACCCCGUCACAGACACCAUUUUUGCCAACCCCGGUACAGGCGAAAAGGGCUACAUUGAUAUCCUCGUUGACUUGACCACGCCCGGUGGCCAUUCGAGUAUUCCACCAGACCACACCUCUAUUGGUAUCAUAUCUGAAUUGGGCUACUUUAUCGAAAAGGACCCAUACAAGCCCAUAUUGACUUCAAAAAACCCCAUCCUUGGCCACUACCAAUGCCUUGCUGUACACGACCCAAAGCACAAGAUCCCACGUUUCUUUAAGAAGAUUAUCUUGGAGGCAGGCUACAACAAGUUGGCCAAUUCCAAAUUGGUUGAAGCAAUCUCCAAAGACAGACUUAGCAAAUACUUGAUCAGAACCUCACAAGCGCUCGAUAUAAUUCGCGGCGGGGAAAAGGCAAACGCAUUGCCUGAAGACACCAAGUUGUUAGUCAACCAUAGAAUUGCAAUUGAAUCCAACGUCGACGCCGUGAAGGAGCACUUCACUGCUAGAGUCGUUGAGGUUGCCAAGAAACACGGUUUAAGAGUUAAAUCGUUUGACAAGUUGGUUUACGAGCCAGAGGAAUACGAAGGUGCCGGCGAGUUCAGUGUCUACUCAACCAAGGGAGGCUUGGAAGCCGCCCCUGUGACUCCCACAGAUGACAAUGUUUGGAAAUAUCUUUCAGGAGUCACCCGCCACGUUUUCGAAGAUCUCGUGUUUACCAACAUCACCUAUCCCAUCGUGUCAAGUCCGUCAAUCAUGACUGGCAACACUGACACGAGAUACUACUGGAAUUUGACGAGAAACAUUUUUAGAUACUCUCCAUUCUUUGUCGACAGUUUUAUUGGUGGAUUGGGUAUACACUCCGUCGACGAAAGGUUGCCUUUUGAAGGUCACUUGCAGUUGCACGCUUGGUUCUACGAGUAUUUGCAAGCUAUCGACACUGUAAAAGCAGACAACUGA